AAGUGAAAUGACUUUUAUUGAAUUUUCUGGGAAGUGCCUUAUCCUAGGAAAUCAAUGAUCAUGAAAUUUACAUCAAAAAAAUUACUGCAAAUGCCAACUUCAGAAAGAACAAAAGAAUUUAAUUUGGCUGAACUAACGUACAAAUAGCACUAAAUUAAAAUGAACAAGGAAAUUCACAAGACAAAAGUUCAACUGACAACUAGGUUUUCUUUUCUUCAAUAUGAGUUGUAUCUGUGUUCAAUCAAAAAGAAAAAGAAUGCGAGUUUAAUAUUUUAAUUGCUAGGACAGUAUAUUUUAAACUUUAAGUACAAGUUUUUAAUUAAUUUUUAAUGUCCUUGAUAUUCAUGUUACACUUUAAUCAGGGAUAUUUAAUUUAUAAACUUGUAUUUUGGAGAUUUACAUUAAUUUUAAGCAUCAUUAAUUUCCUGGAAUAAGGUAGUGAUAGCGAAGUUUGAAAUCUGUAGCUAAUUUCAUUUUUAAGGAAAUGUAUUUUCGCAAAGAUAAUGCAAGAUAAUUUUAAAGUUUCUCUCAAUUUAUAAAGGUUUUAAGGACUUUUAUAUAUGAGACAUAAACACGAUAAACAUAAGACUACAGAGGUUGAAAUUUACGUAUAUUUUAUUAGUGCUAGGAAAAUCAGAAGGAGAAAAUCCUUUUCUGAGAUAAAAAAAUAAAAUGCAAAAAUUAAUUCCUGCAAAAAUUAAUUCCCCUCAAGGUAACCAAAUGCCCUGCAUACAUUGUCUAAAGCUAAAAUUUGUUUACAAGAUUAUGUUAUUGUAUGAACCCAAAAUAGCUGUGGUUUUUGCUGCAAAAGAAAUUGAUAUAAAGUUCCCUUUUUUUCUAAUUCCCAUAGCUCUAUUUCAAUAAUUAUAAACUUUUUUCCAAAUGUUAUAAAGAAUGAUAACUUGCACUGUUUAGCUUAGCCAUUUCUUACCUUCUGUUUUAAAUCCAACUCCGUAAACAUGUAUCUUUUAUAUAGAUACAAAAAUAUGAUUAACAAACAUAAGAUGAAUAUAUGACAAUAACUGUUGUCAUCAAUAACAAAAAUGUCGUUACGUCCAGUGAAAGUAGAUUUUGAAAACACGUGGCAAAAGAUUAAGGGUACUUUGCAAGCUGUAUUAACUUGGUCCAAAGUAUCCCGGCCUGAAUGGAAUGAACGUUUUUCAGAUGUUUAUUCCAUCUGUGUUGCUAAUGGUGAUGGACUUGAUGAGCGUUUGUACAAAGCUACAAAAACAUUUUUCGAGGAACAUACAAAAGAUAUUUAUACUAAAAUAAAUUUCUACAGCAAGAAUCUAUUGAAAGAUUAUUAUGAUCAUUGGACACAUUAUAAAACAGGCACAAUUUACAUUAACUUGCUGUAUAGGUAUUUAAAUGAUCAUUAUGCAUUUCAAAAGAAACAUGACUAUGUAGAACAUAUUCAAAUUUCAGUAGCAGAGAAUGAUGUCAUGGAAAUUGGACAGCUAGCAUUAGAAACAUGGAAGGCUGAAGUAAUUGAGCCUCUACAAGAUAUGCUGAUAAGCGCUUUAUUAAGUGAAAUAGAAAGAGAUCGAAAAGGUGAAAGACCACCAGAAAGAAUUGUACAUGGAGUUAUCAGUUCUUUUAUUGAUGUGCAAGAAUACGAACGUAAAGGAAACCCUCUAAAGUUGUAUCAAACAGCAUUCGAAGAACCACUGCUCACCGAAACUUCUGAUUUUUAUGCAAGUGAAGCUAACCAGUUUUUAGAAACUUGUAAUUGUUCUCAAUAUAUGCAAAAGGUUGACACACGACUCGCAGAGGAAAAUUUAAGAGUUCGCCGUUUUUUACAUUUGACCACGUUUGACAAAUUGAUCAAAGUUGCACAGACAAGACUGGUUCAAGAUCAUCAAGGAUUAUUGACCGCAGAAUGUAAACAGAUGGUAAAGGACAGACAAACAACAGAUCUAUUACGAAUGUACAAAUUGCUGAAACCGAUACCAAGAGGUUUUCAAGAAAUGUUACAAGAAUUUGAGGAGUAUAUCGCUGAAACUGGUCUGAGUAGAGUUAAAUCUAUGCAUGGCGAAAACGAAACAGGUCAGUUCGUGAACGUGUUGUUGCAGUUACAUAAAGAAUACACGGAGUUAAUUGAGAAAACGUUUAAUAACGAUCAAGCAUUUUUUGGAAGCAGAGACAAGGCGUGCACAAAAAUUGUCAAUCAUAGGUUUGAUCCCAAGAGACCUUGCAGAGCCCCUGAAUUACUUGCAAAAUACUGUGACACAUUGCUUAAAAAAAGUACAAAAAAUCUUCCGGAUGGAGAAAUUGACGAUAAGUUAAAUAACGUGAUCACUAUAUUCAAAUAUUUAGAUGAUAAAGAUGUUUUUCAAAAGUUUUAUUCUAAGUUGCUGGCGAAACGUUUGAUACAUGGUUUGUCAGCCUCCAUGGAUUCUGAAGAGGGAAUGAUCACAAAACUUAAACUUGCCUGUGGUUAUGAGUACACGAAUAAAGUCCACCGCAUGUUUACUGACGUAGCUAUCAGCAAAGAUCUUAAUUCUAAAUUUUCUAAAUUUCUGGACACGAGUAAUGCGCAAUUGGGAAUCAAUUUCUCUCUGCUAGUACUUCAGUCGGGUGCAUGGCCCCUUGGUCAAACCGCAAUUCCAAAAAUAGCUUUUCCGCAGGAACUUUGCAAAAGUGUUCAAAUGUUUGAAACGUUCUAUAACAAUAUGUUUAAUGGAAGAAAGCUGUCCUGGUUACAACAUCUGUCCACUGCUGAGAUCAAGUUAACGUACCUAAAGAAACCGUACAUUGUCACGUGCACAACAUAUCAAAUGGUUGUUUUGCUUCUAUUUAAUGAAAACUGCAAAUUAUCUUACAAUGACAUGUCUAACCAGUGUCAGCUUGAAGAGAAAGAACUACGACGGACGCUACAGUCAGUAGUUGAUGUAAAACUUCUUCAGAAUGAAACUCCUGACGUUGAAGAUUUAAGCAAAUGUUCAUUUCUUCUAAAUAAAAACUUCGCAAAUAAAAGAACGAAAUUCAAAAUUACAGCUGCCGUACAAAAAGAAACUCCGCAGGAGGUAGAACAAACUCAUACAUCUGUAGAUGAGGAUAGGAAAAUGUACACACAGGCUGCAAUCGUGCGUAUAAUGAAAGCUCGAAAAAUACUUAAACAUAAUAUUUUAAUACAAGAGGUGAUCGAUCAGUCCCGAACAAAAUUUUCACCCACCACUCAAUUAGUGAAGAAAUGUAUUGAGGCAUUAAUCGAAAAGAAUUAUCUUGAACGAGUGAAGGGAGCGAGAGAUGAGUACAGUUAUGUUGCUUGAACUUACCGCUCACGUGAUUGGAGUGCAAAUAUACCCAAAUAAACUCUGCGUGGUAGAUGACUGAGUAUCAUUCUACUUCUGAAAUAACAAGUGUUACUUUUCCAAAGUAUGGGUUGUUGAUGGUCUUGUAUGUUCUUUCAAGCGAUGACUAUUAUUUAUUUGCUGUUGUUCGUUGAAUAGGAUUUUUAAUAUAUGGUCUUCUGGGAGAUUUCUAUUUUAUAUGCUUUCCUUGUGACUUUUUAAAGAUUAUUUAUCUGAACUUAAUUGGUCACAUUAAUAUCUGAAGGGAUUUAAUUUUCGUGCGUCGAAUGUGGCAGCUGAGAGCAGCGGCGGGUGAAUUCCAAUACAUUUGCCGAUGUGCGAAUUAGCAUAAAUCGUUUUUAAGAAAGGGGUUUUCCAAUAAAAUUUAUUUGCGAAAAUUAACUUCCUUAUGGUAGGUAUAAAAACUUUCAACAGGAUUCCCUUUAAUUUACGUAAAAUAUUUUUUUGUUUAAGACUUACAGAUCAGCUUCAUCAGUGUAUUAUUGUAAAGCUAAUAUUUGCAACUGUUGUUUUCUACUGUACAAUACAUUUCCUACACAAAAUACGUCCUUUAUUCUCCCAUCCUGGGUAGAGCGAUUUUUUAUACAUCAUAUAAAAACUCGCUUUUUCUCCGAUUGAUGUAUUUAAAAUUGUACCGCUGCGCACAAUACUAAGUGCAAUUCCGAUAAUCCAACGUUAAUCAUUUCGUCUUUUAUUAAUCCCCACCAAUCGUUAUUUCCAUUUAUCUCGCCCUAUAUUUUGUUGCUAAUUCGUGCAUGUGCAGAUUCUACACCCUCUCCCCUUCUCAAACAAAUGUACGCGUUUUAAAUUCUCCACCCCUGCUUAUGUACGUACGUUGUGGAUGGUCGUUGAACUUUUUCUUGCGUCUAGAAACAUACUUGAGCAUUUUAGAAUUGUUAUCUAUAUCUGGGAAAAAAAAUUAUUUUUAUUGUUGAAUUUCCGUGCCCGAAGGCGUAGGAAAUUCUUUAAAACCGUCGUUUUUUUUUCGGAGCAUUUUUUGAGAAAAAAUCGACCCUGGGAUUUCUUGUGUGUAGGUAUAACUGACUAACUAACUAACCCUGUCUCAAAUGGUCAAUUGCAACGUCACAGAUUUAAACUUCGUACUCAAACUCCCUAAGUACUUGGAAGUCAUCUAAAUGACGUUUCAGGCCAAAAUUGGUAUUUGUUUUCGACAAAAUUUGGCACAGUUAACAAAAAAAGUAUGCUGAACAUGAUGGUGACAUGAAAAUUUUGAUUUUUGCCACCUUAAAUGUCAUUUUAGGCCAAAAUUGGUCCAAGAAUUAAAACUACUUUAUUUUCGACAAAAAUUGUCACAGUUAAUAAAAAAAGUAUGCUCAACAUGAUGGUCACAUCAAAAUUUUGAUUUUUUGUCAACAAAAUUCAGUUUAAGACCAUAAAAGUUUCAAUCGCAAGACUUUCAACCAUGAAUGUUAGGCUGUAUUUUUUGUUAGCAAUUUCUUUUAAAAUGUGAGUUUAUUAUGACACGUUUCGUUUUGUUUUCGUUUUUUGUAAGAUAUAAUGUCACUUGUGUGCUUUAUCUUCAGAGUUUCAUGUACCAAACCUCUUCGAAUGUUUGGCACGAUAACACAACGAAUAAGCAGGUUGUCUUCAAAUAUUUUGGUAGCGAGCGGAAAUUCUUAGAGCCCCCAGGGCUUCUUGUUGUUCAAUAAAACUACCAGCUGCAAUAUUUGCGCCAAUACGCAUGGUGGCGUUUAAAUAAGAAAUAUUUUCGGAUGGCGUUUAUUUGCGAGGCGUUUUUUAUUUGCCGCUAUUUGUGGUUACGAGUGGUAAUUUUUAGCGUAAGAAAUUCUGAUCAAGUUUCUUUUAGGGAAAAUGUAAAAUACGUUUACGUAAUGACUGAAAAAGAUGACAAAAAUCACGACCAAUUUCAAUCAUUUUAGAUGAACGAAGUGAGCCCGUAAAACUUGUGUUCACUGAAACCGAUAGAAGUCUUCGCUGUAUUAUGUCGGUAUGCUUUUAGAAACUGUUUUAAUGAACACGAAUAAGUUGUAUUCAUUAAAAUUCUAGGUUAUUGCGAUGUGGAUAAAAAAAAUGCUGUACAUUAUUUCUAAGUGAUAGCUCAACAAUUUUAAUAGACACGGAUAGCGUCGUAGCAAUGUCUUAUAAUUUAAAAGCAAUAGCACUCAUCUGUUCUGGUGGAUUCAAGGGACAAGGCUUUUACUUUGCAUGGGAUAAAUCUUUAUUAAUAUUAUUAAAAAGUCGAAUCAUCCCCAGUGUUGCGGAUUUAUAUUGUAUUGGAAAGCUAGCAUUUUUACUUGAGUCGAAAAAGCGAUUUUAUCGUAUUCACAAAGAAAAUUCAAAUUUCUUAUUAAUUACAGAUCAGAUUAUUACAGAAGGAACGUAAUAUUUUUCUCUACAUAACUACAUCACGACCAAUUAUAAUUGUUAUAUCUCUAACUUUUUUAUAUUUAUAUUUCUCUUCCAUUAUAUUAUUUCUCUUUUUUUCUUUUUUUACAUUCAUGAAAAUAUCUGAUUGACUUGUUGU